CACAGGGGAAACACCUCGAGCGAGCGAGCGAGCGAGAGAGAGAGAGAGAGAGAGAGAGAGAGAGAGAGAGAAUGUGUAAGAGGGUCUACACAGUGUUUAUGGCGAAGGAAAUAAAGGACUGACGCAGGAGUUGUGAAAAGAAAGUUGGAUAAAAGUGUGAUAGGAGGAGAAAAGAGGAAAAGGGAGAGAGAGAGAGAGAGAGAGAGAGAGAGAGAGAGAUAUCAUGGGUUGUGUCUUCAGCAAACGGAGGGAAGUGGAGGAACAAAUUCCACAUCUCAAUGACGCUCCUCAAACACGGGACUACAGCGAGGAUGCAGAGAUCCUCAGCCUCACUGAGGUAGGAGCACAGUCUUUCAAAAUGUUAAAGGCUGAGAAGAAACACCAUUGUGCUGUGUGUAGGAAGAUCUUAGACAGUGAUGGAGCUUGUUAUGGAGAUUGCAGAAGAGAAAUUAACAGUAACAGUGAAAUUAAGCCAUCUAAAAGUCAAAGCAACGCUCCUCCUAGGAGUGACAGUGUGGAGCACGUGAUGGAGAACGUCAUGGAGAGCCGUUACGAUUUCGACCUGAUCUACAUCACCGAGAGGAUCAUCUCCGUCUUUUUCCUACCUGACCUGGAUGAACAGCGCUAUCGCAGGCACCUGAAAGAAGUGGCGGCCAUGUUGAAAUCUAAACAUCAGGAGAAGUUUCUGGUCAUAAAUCUGUCUGAGAAACGGCACGACAUCUGCAGAUUAAACCCCAAGGUUGAGGAGUUCGGUUGGCCGGAUCUCCAUGCCCCACCCCUGGAUAAGAUAUGCACCAUGUGUAAGACCAUGGAAGGCUGGUUGAACUCUGACCCCUGCAACGUCGUCGUGCUUCACUGCAAGGGGAACCGAGGCAAGACUGGAGUAAUAAUAGCAGCAUACAUGCACUUCAGCAAGAUAUCAGCCGGGGCGGAUCACGCUCUCACCACCGUCGCCAUGAGGAAGUUCUGUGAGGAUAAAACCUCUUCGUCUCUACAACCGUCUCAGAACAGAUAUAUUUAUUAUUUUUCUGGGCUCCUGUCUGGUGCAAUCAAGAUAAACAGCAGAUCCUUGCUCCUGCACCAGGUUCAUGUUCCAGCUGUAACCAACUACGAGUCUGGAGAAGCUUAUGCACCAUUCCUGAAGAUUUAUCAGUCUAUGAAGCUGGUCUACACCUCAAGGAUAUAUGACACAGAAGACUCCAGGAACCGAAUGUUGUGUGUCAAAAUAGAACCGGCUCUGCUGCUGAAGGGGGACAUUAUGGUGAAGUGUUAUCAUCGGCGCUCAGGUGUGUGUGAGAGAGAGUGUGUGUUUAGAGUGCAGUUCCAUACAUGUACAGUUCAUGGAUCACAGCUUUGGUUCGGAAAGAAAGAGCUGGACCAUGCAUUCACGGAUAAACGCUAUCCAGCUGAUGCUACAGUACAGCUUGUGUUCUCCACUAGUUCAGAGCAGAAGAGAGGAGAAGAGAUUCAGAAGAAGAACCCUGCGGAUUGUCCAGAUAUCAGCUGCAAAGAUCCAGUUGUGCGCUGGGACUCAUAUGAAAACUUUAAUUUUCACCAUGAAGACAGUAUGGAGGAUAUCUGUCACACUCGUGGCCCACUUGAUGGCAGUUUGUAUGCCCAGGUGAAGAAGCGCCGUGUUCCUGACUCUACAUCCAACAACCCACCUGUCAAUAACCCCUCCACCCCCAGUCAGUUCCCUGCCUUAGCUCUGACUCAGGACCAUUCCACUCACUCCAAGCUUAAAGGACCACCACUUUCUUCAUCUCAUUAUCUUCACCAAAGGGAGGACAGAGAGAGGGAUGGGGAAAGGGAUAAAUCAAAUGUGAGAGAAAAGGAUCGAGAGACAGCUAUAUUAGAUGACAGUGAUUGCUCUCGUCUCUGGGUAGAGCAUUCUUGCUGUGCUCGUCCUUAUUCCCACCCUCAUUCGUACUUGGGCCCUGAUUUGUCCAAAACACCCCCUCAAAAACUCUAUCCGAAACACUUCACACUGCCUUGUAUUCGUGCUUCUACUCUGCCAGUGUGUGAGCCAUGUGGGUCUCAGUCCGACUUUCUUUGGGAUAGAGGCCACUGGCAGCAUCCCAUCUGCCCCCGGUCCUGUUACCCUUACGCCUCUCCAGAACCACACACCCAUUCACAUACUCGUUCUUCCCAUGCGCACACUCUUCCUGUACAAGCUCGCCUAUACUGUCCAGGGGAUGCAUACCCUCUGUUCCAUUACUCUGCUCUAUCCAACAACCACACCCACAUUCGACCACCUCAGUCCUCCCACCAAUCCCUGCCUCCCAGUCCUUACCAUGAAUUACGCUUCAGCUCGACUUCACCAACUUCCUGUUCCUGCAGGGACUGCUCACACCUACGGGAGGAUCUGUCGCACUCUCUUAAAGUGAGCCAACAAGAAAAUCUCCCAUGGAACCGAGAGCCAGGCUUUGGAUAUAGGCGAGAUGGGGCUGUGCACUGGGCAAGAGAUGGAGAUAUGGAAUCUCAAGAUCCAGACUGCUGGCAGCACAGAGCUGUUAUGCCACCCAUGAUGUCAUCUUUUGGAUAUGGACAUAGACAUUGCCAUUCAGUCUCUAAACAGGACCGUCCUGGUGUCUAUAGAGCAGACCCCCAACCAGACUCUUCAUCAAGUCCAUAUCCAAGCCCCCACAGCAGUGGAUACCACAGCCCACAUCUUCCCUGGCACUGUUCCACAGCACAUGUAAGAGACAGUCCUGGUUAUGCUUCCAUGGCUCAGUCUCCAAACUCAUCUCCAGUAGCUCACACCCCUUCCCCAAAAAGGACCAGUCUUACCCAACAUCCUGUUCAGUGCCCCACAUCUGGCAAAGAGCAUAGUAUCCAGUUUAACCACACAGAAGUAUCAGAUGAACAUUUAAAGCUGAAAAACCACAAUGAUGAUUCUACAAAAGAAGACUGUGAGAAUGAUCUUUCUGAAGUCCAAAAUAGUGUAGGCCCUCUAGUAGAGCCAGAAGAGUCAAGAGACAAACCCACUGAAGAGCUGCAAAAGUCUGAAGAGGCAACAAAGGCAGAAGUCACACAGUCCACAUCCACCACAACCAUUGUGAGUGAGUCUAGCCAAACCUCUGAACCACCUGCCACAACUCUGGCAGAAGAGUCUGUCAUUCCUGGCAUUGAGGAGGAAAAUACCUUACUGCCUACUGAGAUGGAAAAGAACUCUACCUGCCCAUCAGAAAGAAGCUCCUCCUGUGAACUUCUUUUAUUGGGCCCAGGUUCAGAGGGACACAGCCUGACCACUCUGACAGACAGAGCUUCAUCCAAUGAGGAUGGAAGUAAUAGUGAUUUGAGAGCUUCUUCGCCAUUGCCUGAUGGCUACAUCACACCCUUGUUUCCUUUGCCAUCACUUAACUACCCUCUGUUGACUGUGCCUCAUCUCCCAUACACUGGCUACACUGCAAUUACCAUUCCUUCUUACCUUCCUCAACCUCUUCUCCCUGAAAAACAGCGUGGUCGUCCUCUCCAGGACUCUCCCACAAGCUCAUCCUCGAUCAGAUCAUCCACAGCAUCGUCCAUCUCUUCCUUGAAGGCUCAAAACGCCUCCUUUCCGACAGCAGAGACCCAACAAAAAGUAACUCCGGAGCCAGAAAAUCGUGUCAGUGCCAAGUUUGUGCAGGAUACUUCCAAGUUUUGGUAUAAGCCUGGAAUCUCCAGGGAUCAAGCGGUUGCUGUUCUAAAGGAUAAAGAGCCUGGCUAUUUCCUAAUAAGGGACAGCAGCUCAUUCCAGGGUGCAUAUGGAUUAGCGCUUAAAGUUGCCACGCCCCCUGCUCAUGUCAGCAACCAUGGCCACACCUCUGACACACAGGAGCAGCUGGUCAGACACUUUUUGAUCGAGAGUGGACCAAAAGGAGUGAAAAUCAAAGGCUGUCAGAAUGAAACGUACUUUGGUUCUCUGUCUGCUCUGGUUUACCAGCACUCCAUCACACCUGUCUCCCUGCCCUGCAAACUACACAUCCCAGACAAAGAUCUUGUAGGAGAGCUGCAGGAUUUGCAGAGUGGCUCCAGCACCAGCACGGCUGCAGAACUGCUCAAACAGGGAGCUGCAUGCAAUGUUCUCUAUAUAAACUCAGUGGACACCGAGUCUCUGACUGGCCCACAAGCCAUCUCCAGAGCGGUGAAGUGCACGCUGACUCAAGAACCAUGUCCUUCAGCCACCGUAGUGCACUUCAAGGUGUCUGCUCACGGUAUCACUCUUACGGACAGCCAGCGCAGACUGUUCUUCAGGAGACAUUAUCCCAUCCACAGUGUGAUAUUCAGCUGCGUGGAUCCAGAGGAUCAGAGGUGGACUGCUGCUGAAAAAUCCUCUAACAGGAUGUUUGGGUUCGUAGCGAGGCGCAGUGGGAGCAGUGUGGGAAACAUGUGUCACCUGUUUGCAGAACUGGAUCCGGAGCAGCCGGCCACAGCCAUCGUCAACUUCAUCAACAAAGUCAUGCUGGGACCACAUCAUCUACGCAAGUGAGGGGAGACGAGACGAGACGAGACGAGACAAGAUGAGACAAGACAAGUGGAGAAGAGAUGAGAAGAGAGGGGAAAGGAUGGGAAAAGAGGAGAGGAGAAGAGAAAUGUAGAAAGAAGA